GCGUCACUUCCGAGGCGGGAGGACGAAGUUGAUUGACCAUGGUCACUGAGGCGACCAGGAAGAGUCUGCUGAAGGUGAGGGUCAUGGACUUUAUUACCUCUACGGCCAUCCUGCCCCUGCUCUUUGGCUGUGUGGGGAUCUUCAGCCUCUUCAAGUUGCUGCAGCGGGUGCGAAUGAAGGCCUACCUCCGGAACGCUGUGGUGGUCAUCACAGGCGCUACCUCAGGCCUGGGGCGAGAAUGCGCCAGAGUCUUCUACACUGCAGGCGCCAGGCUGGUGCUGUGCGGCCGGAACCGGCAGGCCCUGGAGGAGCUCACCAAAGAACUUGCUGCUUCUCUGACCACCAAGGUGCAGACACACAAGCCUUACACGGUGGCGUUUGACCUCGCAGACCCUGGGGCCAUAGUUGCGGCCACGGCUGAGAUCCUGCAGUGCUUCGGCUCCGUGGACGUGCUCAUCAACAACGCCGGCAUCAGCUAUCGUGGUGCCAUCGUGGACACGACCACGGACGUGGAUAAGAAAGUCAUGGAGACCAACUAUUUUGGCCCAGUUGCUCUAACAAAAGCACUCCUGCCCUCCAUGAUCAAAAGGCGACAAGGCCACAUUGUCGCCAUCAGCAGCAUCCAGGGCAAAAUCAGCAUUCCUUUCCGAUCGGCAUAUGCAGCCUCCAAACAUGCGACCCAGGCAUUCUUUGACUGUCUUCGUGCCGAGAUGGAACAGUAUGAGAUCGAGGUGACCGUCAUCAGCCCUGGCUACAUCCAAACCAACCUCUCUAUAAACGCCGUCACUGCUGAUGGGUCCAAAUAUGGAGUUACGGACAAGACCACGGCCCAAGGCCGCAGCCCUGUGGAGGUGGCCCGAGAUGUUCUGGAUGCGGUGGGGAAGAAAAAGAAGGAUGUGAUCCUGGCCGACCUGUUGCCUUCCUUGGCCAUUUAUCUGCGAACUCUGGCUCCUGAGCUCUUCUUCAGCCUCAUGGCGUCCAGGGCCAGAAAGGAGCGGAAAUCCAAGAACUCCUAGUCGCGCGUCCACGCUGGGAGAGGGAAGCGGCCCCCCGCCUGGUGCAGCUGCUCAGUGGGGGGUGGCUGGGUUUGUUGAGACUUUACUGGAUGUCUGUCUUACAGGUGGGAAAGAUGGAGCAUACGCUUGUCCUGAAGAUCCCUGGCUAGGCCUCUGUUAAUAGAAUGAAAACCAAAACAGGCAACAACCUUCUUCCCAGGGGUGAGGGGUAAACCUUAUGGAACAAAUGGGGAGCUGAAUUUAAAAUAAGACUGAAAUAAAUGAGCAAUGAGUUGUAGUCCCCGAGGGCUGGAACAACCAUGUCUCCUUUGAAUUCCAGCCUCUGCCAGCUCCUAGAAAGUGUGUCAGGCUUGAAAAUGGAAGACAUCCUGACAUCACCUGACCCAGUUCUCAGAUUUGACUUAUCUGGACCACGUACCUAAUUGUUUUGGCAGAGUCACCUGCGCACUCAAGGGAAAAGGCUGUCGUAAGAAGCCAUCAUCCAUAUCCAUGGCCAAUGCGCUAAUACGGCUUUCAGCAUAACCCGAGUGAUGCCGGCUUUGGUACCUAAAAGGAAUUUUCCGGUUUCCCAGUGAACUCUCACCUGAUGCCCUGUAGACCAGGUCCCACUCCAAGCACAAGACAAAUCUGUUAAGGAAACAGCAGGCAAAAGGGAGAGGAAAACCCCUCAUGGUCCCAUGUAUCCUCUAGGAAAGAAGACUCAAAAGCCUGGUCCGGUGGGGAGGGAUUCUAAAGUGGCAGCUGGUUGCUGGAGAGAACAGUCAUUUGCUAGCUGUGCCUGUUGGACGCCUGUUCCACCUUGCUGGUUUCUUAAAAAUACACGGUUGAAGUUCAGCAAGUGAGUCAACUUCAUAUGUAAAGUCAAGGAUGAAAGUUUUCCUAUUACUGAGGCUGACCGUGGAAAUUGGGGUGGAUUGUAUGGCUUUCCCAACUUGGAAUAAAAAUCUUGCACAUCA